AAUUUGGGCUUCCUCUCAUUCAGAAUAUCGUUUUACUACUGUAAAGAAAUAUGUAUCGAUUUAACGGUCCCAGUGAUAAAUCAUCAAGUGAUCUCUACGGUACUGAUGAAGAUGUAAAUUACAAUGAACCUGAUCCAAAAGAAGCAAAACAUGUUGUAUUUGUUAUUAUUGGCAAGGGAAGGACACCAGAAGAAGAAGAGCUACAAGCUAAAGCAACUAAUCAAAUAAAGAAAGCAUUUAAGAUACAAGAUCCAGAUAACUCAUCCAAAGUUAUCUUUAUGCCCAUAAACUGGACACUGGGCUUAAAUUUAAGCCAAGAAACAAUGGAAUCAAUUAAACCGAGUUGUAGUCUUGAUAUGCAAAGAAUGAGGAGAAAUUUUGAAGACGCACUCUUCGAUGUAGUCUUCUAUGUUGCUCCAAUAUUCUUUGCAGAAAUUCAAUUGUCUUUAACUGAAGAAUUAAGUAAAGCAUGGAAAACACUCAGUGAUAAAGGCUUUCAAGGUAAGGUGUCACUUAUGGCUAAUGGACUUGCUAGUGUAAUGGUUUAUGACACAAUUACCGGAAAUGAUCCACCCAAAGCUGUUAAUCCUGUCUAUAUUCCGAGAUCAUACGAUUCUGGAGAAGUUAACGAAUUAUUCCAAGAAUUAGGAGAAGCUAGAGGCAGUGUUGGUGAUGUAAAGGGUAGAAUUUCUUCCUUUUGUGCUAAAAAUCUCGAUUUUUCGAUCGCAAAUAUCUUCCUACUUGGAUCUCCAAUUGGUAUGUUUAUGGCAAUGAGGGGUAUUCGAGCCGGUGAAUUAAAACUACCCUACAAUACAAAAGUAUUCAACAUCUACGAUCAAUCAGACAUUUUUGUAAGUGGUUUCCUUUCUUAAAUGUUUAUCGAUCAACUUUUAAGUUAUACUUUUGACAAAAAUAUACAGGCUUAUAGAUUGGAUCCAUUGAUAAGCCAAGAACCAACAGAAGCUAUAACUUUACGUCAGAAUACAGACUUUUUCGAGAGUUAUCCUCAAGGGUUUGACAAUCGUCGAGAUUUCGUAAUUGAUGCUCCAAGUUUCAAAUUUAUAGGCCCAACUAAACCUCACAUUGCAUAUUGGAAAAGUGAAGCUUUAUCUCAGUUUUUACAUACGGUUUUGAGAAACUAAAAUGGAAAAGCUAUACUUCAUAAAUUGACUUUCUCUUUAAAAAUAAAAACUCCUUGUCUUACAAAAACUGUUAAUUCUCUACUUUUCUACAGGUUCUUACAUUUCAGAUUGUUUAUAACAAAACAAAAACAAAAACAAUUGUGUUACUAUUAACUAUAUUACUUAAUGAACAAAUACAAUUAGAAAAAAAUAGAGUUUAAC